AUGCAUUCGCUGGCGCAGGAAAUCCAAGUCUUCUCCAAAAACCGCCUAAAGAAACAAUGCACCCGUGUGACCACAGUGACAGGCAAGAAACUGUUGGAGAGGAGAAGUGAUGGAGGAGGAGAGGAUCAGGUCGAGGAGCUGGAGGAGGGAGGUGGAUGUGGAUUUGUUGAAGAUACGAGUCUGGACCUCCAAGUCGGUGUGGUCAGACCCUUCCUGCUGCUGGCUUCUCAGGAUGCAGCCCAUGUCUUUGACACCCUCAGGAGAUGUAAGGUGUCUCAUGUGCUAAAUGUGGCUUAUGGAAUCAGUAACCUGUUCCCAGAUCAGAUGGUCUAUAAGACGCUUCAAAUCCUGGACCUCCCAGACACAGACAUAACAUCGUAUUUAGAGGAAUGCAGCUCCUUCAUAGAUCAAGCCCAGGAACAGGAUGGUGUGGUGCUGGUCCACUGUAAUGCUGGUGUGUCACGCUCCUCCUCGGUUGUGAUUGGCUACCUGAUGUUGAGGGAGGGGCUUACAUUUGAUGAUGCGUACAGUCAGGUGAAGCUGGCAAGACCAUCGAUUCGCCCGAACCCCGGCUUCUAUGAGCAGUUACAGCACUACAAACCUUAA